GCCACCCGCUGGCAGCAGACGCGGCCCAAAUCAGAGCCAAUUGUUCUAUGGCCAAUUCGAAACUUCAUCUACUCACGUGCUCAAGAUGUCGCCGUUCACCGUGAGCGUCGCGAGAUUCCUCAGAGUUCAACUAAGCCGCUCUUGCUGUCCAUUGUGGUCGCGCUCGGCCUCCGAUGACGCGCGGAAAGUGGUGCUGGACGAGCGGCGGUGGGGCGACCGACAAGCCGGCACGCUUCUUCGAGUGCGGUUGCCGUGUGGCGCCGCGGUUUCGGCCAUCGAAGACGGCGAGCCGGCGGCAGUAGUGACAGCGACGUUGGUGGGCGCCAGGCAUCUCCGCGAGUCGCCGAUCGCGCUCUCGCUGGACGGCGCCGCGCUCACCGUGACUGGCGUAGACGGAAAAGUGGCGGACUUGGUGUGCCGGCUGCGCGUGCCCUUCAUGACGAGCAUUGAUGUAGAGUUGUCUGACGGUGCACAGGCCACACUUGAAAACCUAGUCCUGGACCAGUGCAGAGUGUGGACGGAAGGACUGGGAGACAUUGCACUGUCCAAUGUCAAGGCGAAUGCCGUAGUCCUUGCCGUGGAGGAUGGAUCUAUUACAGCCAAGGGCGCAGUACAGGGAAACCUAGAAGUGACGUCAUGGGGAUCGGGGGGCUUCAAGGCUCAAAGGUUACUGUCGAACCACCUCAAGGUAAAGACCUUGGCAGGGGAGCAGUACAUUUCUGCGGUCUAUGCUGAAAAGGCAUACCUGUACUCGACAGAGGGCAUCAUUGACAUCAGGACCCUCCAUUGCCAAGAUGCAAUGCUUUCAUCGCAGUCUGGUGCCAUAAUUUUGGGGGGCCUCGAUGGUGACCAGUGCAGUGUGAUGACUGGCUCUGGGGACGUGUCGGUGGUGGUCACUCACAGCCAACAUCUGAGUGUUGCGACUGAUUCUGGAAACGUUACCGUCAGCUUGUCGGCACCCUGUGAAGUGUCUGUGGAAGCACCCGUGGUGAAGUCUGAUUUUGAAGACCUUCUGGGAGGUGGUGUCCAUUACUCAUCUAAAUCUCAGAUAUUAGCCAAAAGUUGCUCUGGAAGUGUGACUGUGAAGAAACAAGACUGGAUAAGUUCACUAAAUCUCGGAAGAGGAUCAACAUAGCACAAUGUAUAUCAGCAUCUGAAUAUACUGCCUGUAGAAUUUACGGUUGCAACGUUUUUAGAUGAGGAUCGAACGUAUCCUUUCCAGGAGGCAGCGCUCGUGUAGCGUUGAGAUGGAGCAGCCGGUUGUCGGCGGCUGCCUAAGCCGCGUCAAAUGCUUUUCUUGUUGUCUGUCACGUAAUGCGCUCAUAAUUAGGUGUGGUUAUUGAAAAUUGUAUUUUAAGAAUGUGACAUGACAAUCUCGUUGGGUUAAGCCAAAUUUGAUAGAAUACGCAUGCCGACAUAAAAUGCGCUGGGCUGUCUAAGUGGAUGUACGCUUCUGAGAAGAAAGCGCACGCGUGAUUGUUGGCACAUCUUCGAACUCCCGAAUGCCCCUGAAGUGCUAUGGCGUGGACAGCUGCUAUUCCUCGCAACUCCUUUUUUUAUUGGUAUGAUAUAAAUAAAUGUUGGCGCAUAACUGCA